AUAAUUCAAAUUAAAAAACGGGUCAAUAUAUAAAUCCCAGCUCUUCAUGUUGUAAUACCAUUUGAUCUCUCAAAGGGCAGCGCCUCUGUUUAAGAUCUGCCCUCCUCUUCUUCCCAAAUCACUCCUCUUUCUUCAGAUUUUCUUUAUCAAAUAGAAAAUGGGGUUAUCUUUUGGCAAGCUUUUCAGCCGACUCUUUGCCAAGAAAGAGAUGCGAAUUCUUAUGGUUGGUCUUGAUGCUGCUGGUAAGACCACUAUAUUGUACAAACUCAAGCUAGGAGAAAUUGUGACAACCAUUCCUACAAUUGGAUUCAAUGUGGAGACGGUGGAAUACAAGAAUAUAAGCUUCACUGUCUGGGAUGUUGGUGGUCAAGACAAGAUCCGACCAUUGUGGAGGCAUUACUUUCAGAACACUCAAGGGCUGAUUUUUGUGGUUGAUAGUAACGAUCGAGAUCGUGUGGUUGAGGCUAGGGAUGAGCUGCAUAGGAUGUUAAAUGAGGAUGAACUGAGGGACGCUGUGCUUCUUGUUUUUGCAAACAAACAAGAUCUUCCAAAUGCCAUGAAUGCUGCUGAGAUAACUGACAAGCUUGGACUUCACUCUCUGCGUCAACGUCAUUGGUAUAUCCAGAGCACAUGUGCCACCUCCGGUGAAGGGCUAUACGAGGGUCUCGACUGGCUCUCCAACAACAUUGCAAACAAGUCCUAGGGAGAGACGUUGGAUGACUUUGGGUUUCUCUGUUCUCGUUGAAGUGAAGAUUAUCUUUUCUAUUUUGUAGCUUUUGUUCAAUGCAAUUCUGUACUGCAAUUACCUCUUUUUGUCAUAGAUAGAUAGUUAUCUGGUACUAUGUUCAGCUGAGCUUAUACUGUUUCAGCAUUAUGCCACUUUGGCUUGCUUAUUUCUGGAAUGAUAAUGCAUCCCUCCUUUCAGGGUGGAUCAAUUUUAAUGUUUA